GGAGGAUCUUCACAUUUUCUCAAAAAACCACUUUCCCUCCUCAACCUGUUUGAUACUGGCUAUCAACAAUUCUCUCAACCACCGGUAGAUUCUCAUUGUGUUGUUCCCUGGUAACCAAGCAUGAGACUCAACCUCCUCGCCCUCUUCGGGCUCUUCCUGGCCUGGGCGACCUACAAGAUCUACGCCGGCUUCAAAACCAACAUUGCCAAAGCCCGUAAAGCUGGGUAUCCUGUUCUCAUUACCCCAAUCUACCCCCUCUCCCCCCUCUGGCUCACAACCCGCCACUUUUUUCUGCCUAUCCUCACCCGCCUUUUUCCUUCUUGCCUCUACUCCUCCUACAUCUUCGUCAUGACGCCCGACUGGGAAUACCACCCCUCGCCGCGCUCGCACUUUGCCCGUUUAGGCUCCGACACUUUUCUGGUGGCCAGCUGGAACGGCCUGGCUUGCUACACCUCCGACGCGGGCGUCAUUUAUUCGGUAAUGAGCAGGCGGGAGGCGUUCCCCAAGGAUACGCGGCAGUAUGGGAUCCUGGAGAUUUUUGGGAGCAAUGUGGUUACGACUGAGGGACAGGUCUGGAGGAUGCAUAGGAAGGUUACCAGCGCGAGUUUUAAUGAGCGGAAUGCGGGUCAUACGUUUAGGGAGGCGGUGAGGCAGACGGGGGGGAUGGUUGGGGGGUGGUUUUCUUCUUCUUCUUCUGGUUCUGGUUCUGGUUCUGGUUCUGGUUCGCAAGAGGCGGGAGGGGAAGGGGAUGUGGAGAUGACGGGCACGAUUACGACUCUGGAACACGAUACCAUGCGCUGGGCGCUGAAUAUCAUUGGGUACGUCGGCUUUGGACUGAAGCUGCUUUGGCCGCACGAGCAGAUGCCUAGUGACGUGGAUCCGAAGCUGGCCAAGUACGGGAGUUUGCAGCCGCCCAGCGGGUAUUCGAUGACGUUUGCGGAUUCGUUGGCGACGGUUUUGGAGCGGAUUGUGGUUUUGCUGCUUAUUCCUUCUGCUAUCCUCAAGCGGAUUCCCUCACGUUGGGGAUCGUGGGGAUCAAAGUUGCACGAGGCGUGGGAGGCCAAAGUUAACUAUACCAAGUACAUGAACGCUUUCCUGAAAGAGAAGGUGGAGGAUAUUCGGGCGGGAGUGCAGGAGAGGGAGGGGAUGAAUAUCAUGGGUCAGCUGGUCAGGAGCAAGUAUGACCCUUCUUCCUCGGAGAAGAGCGACGGCGCGACGAAGCUGGAGGACAGCGAGAUCAUGGGCAACGCGUUCAUCAUGACCCUCGCUGGACACGAGACUACGGCCAAUGUCACGCACUUUACGCUGAUUGAGCUGGCUAUCCACCCCGAAGCGCAGCGCCGAGUUCAACAAGACAUUGACGCCAUUUUUGGACGGGAUUCCGAUCCAGAGACGUGGGACUACGAGAAGAGCAUCAACGCCUUGCUAGCUAGUUACAUCGGUGCCGUGAUUAACGAAACCCUGCGACUGAUUCCUCCGGUGGUGGUCACGCCCAAGAGAGUGGCGGACACGGAUCAGUGGUUGCAGGAUGAAGGACAAAAACAUCAGAUGCCGGCUAUGAUGCCCGUCAUGCCGGUUAUAUCAGCUGUGCAGAGGAACAAGAGGUAUUGGCCUGCUCUUGACAAGACGAAGGGUGGAGACGCGGGUGAUCUGGAUGAGUGGUUGCCUGAUAGGUGGUACUUGCCUUCCAUGUCCCAGGGGCAGUCAACCGCGGACGAGAAGGAGGAAAAACAGCAGGAAGAGAACUACGGCGGGUACCAAGGCCUCGAUACCUCGCCUACCCUCUUCCGGCCCGUGAGAGGGUCGUUCAUCCCCUUCUCUGACGGCGCGCGCUCCUGCCUGGGGAGGAGGAUUGCGAUGGUGGAGAUGGUCGCUGCCAUUGCGGUGCUGUUUCAGAAGUACUCGGUUGAGUUGGCGGUGGAUGAGUGGGCGAGUGAUGAAGAGGUGCAGAAGAUGGGUGUGGAGGAACAGAGGGAGGUGUAUGCGAAGGCUCAAAAGAAGGCGAACGACACGCUUCAUCAGGCUCAGUCGGUGGUGACGCUCAAGUUGACGGGAGGGAGGCAUGUGCCGGUGAGGUUUGUGAGGAGGGGGAAGGAGAGGUUUGUGGGGGAUGAGGGGUUGUGCUAG